GCUACGCUGAAGGAGAAGACAUGAAGGUCACAUCUUGUACAAGAAGGGGUUAUUGCGCCAUCGUCCUCUUUCUGACGGUCUGUGCUUUAAUCGUUGUGCCACGUCACAUGGAAAAUCUGCAAACUCCCUGCCGAUUUCAGCCUAAAGUCAACUCCACCAUCAUCGAGCCGAGAGUCUCCCCUCAUAUCGUUAAUCGCAGCUUCUGCACCUUCCAGCCGCUGUCCCCCCAAGACGCUUUGGAGGAACGCCUCAUACUAGACUCCAUCGCUUGGCCUAAAACUCCACUUUUACCAUCUCCUUUUUCCUUCGAGCAGACAACUGAUCCAGUCCACAGCACCUUCUCCAUCCUCCCAGGGAGAAAAGGGGGGCAGUGGCAUGUAGGGGACCAGCUAGAGGUUAUGAUACAAACCUUUGACUUCCAAGGUCGUCCCAAGAAGUCUGGGGGGGACUUCCUAACUGCCAGUCUGCAAAACCGGAAGCUUGAAUCAGGUGUAGCUGGGCAAGUUGUGGAUCAUCUCAAUGGAAGCUACUCUGCUGUAUUCUCUUUACUCUGGGAAGGAGACGCACAGGUUGAGGUGACUCUGGUUCAUCCCAGUGAAGCUGUCUCAGUGCUGGACAGGCUGAACAGAGAACAGCCCGACAGGAUUUACUUCAAGAGCAUCUUCCGCUCAGGCUCUCUCUCUGAAACCACCAUCUGUAACGUCUGCCUCCCGCCAACCCAGCAGCCACUCUGUAACUACACUGACCUCCAUACAGGUGAACCUUGGUUUUGCUACAAACCAAAGAAACUGGACUGCAAUACCAGGAUCAACCACUUCAAGGGAGGAUUCAAACAAAAUCUCAAGGCCAAGGAGGAAAAGCUCUUUCAGAGUGGUGUGAACAUGAAAGUAUCCAUUCAGGCUACAGGACCUUCCAUUGCUACCGUGUUGUCGAGAAAGGAAGGUCAACUGAAGGUGAAGACGAGCUCUGCGACAUCUGUACCAUCUGGUUAUUACUACCAGGGUGUUUGGCGAUCACUAGGGCGCACCAUACUAUCCCAAUUCAACAGUUCUGCCAUCACGCAGUGUCUGAAAGGCAAAGAUGUCCAUAUGUAUGGAGACUCCACAAUCAGGCAGUGGUUUGAAUUCCUCAAUGCAGCUCUACCAGGUCUUAAAGAGUUUGACUUACACAACCCAAGACAAGUUGGACCUUUCAUGUCAUUAGACUAUGAAAACAACAUCAUGGUGACAUACCGCUGCCACGGUCCUCCUAUCCGCUUCAGCCUCAUCCCAACUAGAGAGCUUCGUUACAUUGCUAAUGAGAUAGAUCGCUUACUCGGAGGCCCCAACACUGUCAUAGUCAUUGGCAUCUGGUCUCACAUCAGCACAUACCCCAUCGAGGUCUACAUCAGGAGGCUACAAAGCAUCCGUAGAGCGGUGGUGCAGCUUCUGGACAGGGCUCCAGACACGCUGGUCAUCAUACGGACAGCAAAUGUCAAAGCUUUGACACUUUACGAGACAAUUACCAACAGCGACUGGUAUUCACUGCAGCGUGAUAAGGUGCUCAGAGCCAUCUUCAAAGGACUGAAAGUCCAUCUGAUCGAUGCCUGGGAAAUGACCCUGGCCCACCACCUGCCGCAUAACCUCCACCCACUACCUCCCAUCAUUAAGAAUAUGAUAGACCAUGUAUUGUCUUAUAUAUGUCCUCAUAAGGGCGGCUAGGUGUUUAGCAAUUUAGUGACAAAACAGUUUCUUGUGGACAAACUGCUGGAUUAGAUCACCACUUUUACAUUACAUCUCAUUUAGCUGACGCUUUUAUCCAAAGCCACGUACAAUAAGUGCAUUUCCACAUAGAGAUACAAACUCAGAAGAACAAGUAACAAGAAAGUACAUUUUUCAUCAAAUAAGCAGUUUAAACAUGUUAUAAAAAAGUGCUAUUAUAAGUAUAAUUUAGUGCUAUCAUUUACAAGAUUUUUCGAGUUACGUGGUGAAUACCACACGCUGCAGCAAAGCGUCCACUAUCCCGCAGACUGUCUCACCCAAUGUCUCUCUACUGUCUCACAUACUGUCCCACAGACUGUCUUCCACUGUCUCUCAUACUCUCUGACACACAAUCUCUAUACUGUUUAUACUAUCUAUGAUAUCCCUCAUUGUACAUUUUUACAGUGUUGCGAUGCAGAGAACAUCUGGAAAGC